GUUACCUUUACUUAAGUUGGUCGGACCAACGAAAAGGAGUUUUACAGAACAGUUCAUGCCGAUUUCUUUGCCACCAUAUUCCUCGUGCUCUGCGAAAAGACGGAUCUGAAGGAAGAUGGCUGAACCAGAAACCAAAACCCCAGACGUGGACAAGGACGUAGAAGAAGCAGAAGAUGGGGAUGGUACAAAGCCGCUCGACGAUGCUUCACUUCGGACCCCCUUCAACCUGCGAAUACAAAUCCACGUCAAAUCGAGUGACCUCCAACGAAUAAGGCGCUCAAGUAAACAAAAAAUAAAAGUGGAAUUUACACGAGAACAAACUGGAGACACAAGUGGGGAGUCCACCAAGAUAGCCCAUCAACUUAUGAAGAAUCCACAAGUUCUUGCUGCACUGCAAGACAAGUUGGGCUCCAUUGUGGGGACUCCUUCAGGUUACAUCCAGAGUCUGCCCAAAGUGGUUAAACGACGACUUAAAGCCAUGAAAAAACUUCAAAAUGAAGGCAUCAAGCUGGAGUCUGAGUUUUACCGUGAGGUGCAUGCAUUGGAGUGCAAGUAUGCCGCUCAGUAUGCAUCCCUGUUUGACAAGAGGCGUGAUAUUGUGACUGGUACAGUAGAGCCAACAGAGGAAGAGUGUGACUGGCCAUCAGAUGAUGAGAAGGAGGAGGAGAACAAGCUGGCUGUAAGUGAUGAACUUAAAGAAAAGACAGCUUUAACAGAAAAGUCAGAUGAAGACAAGAAGAAAGAUGAAGAUGUGAAGGGAGUACCAGGUUUCUGGUUAACAAUUUUCAAGAAUGUGGACAUGCUGGCUGAAAUGGUACAGGAGCAUGAUGAACCUAUUCUUCAGCAUCUGCGCGACAUCAAAGUCAGGUUCACAGAAUCUGAACCUCUGGGCUUUAUCUUAGAGUUUCAUUUUGAAACAAAUGAGUAUUUUCAAGAGACUGUGCUGACCAAACAAUACACAAUGCGCUUUGAACAAGAUCCUGCUGAUCCCUUCUCUUAUGAGGGACCGGAAAUCAUCAAAUGUCAAGGCUGUCCAAUUACAUGGAACAAAGGAAAGAACGUGACAGUCAAAGUUGUGAAGAAGAAGCAGAAGCAUAAAGGCCGAGGCACAACCCGCACUGUCACAAAGACAGUACAGAAUGACUCCUUCUUCAAUUUCUUUAACCCACCGACAGUGCCCGAGGGUGAGAAUGAGGAUGAUAUGGAUGAAGACUUGGAGGCAUUAUUAGCAGCAGACUUUGAAAUAGGCCACUUCAUUCGUGAAAGAAUAGUGCCCAGAGCUGUUCUUUACUUCACUGGGGAGGCUUUAGAAAAUGAUGAGUAUGAUGAUGAAGAGAAUGAAGAAGAGGAUGAAGAGGGAGAGUACGAUGAAGAAAAUGAUCCAGACUACCAGCCCACAGAACAGGCUUGAUGAAAUAGGAAGGUGAAAAACCAGCAGAAUGCAAGCAGCAGUAGGAACAUAACCCCUCCCCAAGAUGAUGCACCACUACAGGUCAUUCAGGCAAUCCAGGGAAUCAGUAUCCAGCCAGGCAUGUUGAAGGACGAUGCAAGGACUUUGUGCAGUUUCGCUUGGUGUUUUGGGCAGCCAUUUAAAUCCCUCAGCUUCUUUCUCAACAGUUCCAUGUUUGGCCAUUCUUCCACCCACACACUUGCAUAUGGGUACUUGAAGCCAGCUUGCUUGGCGCAAAGCCAGCAGUUAGUAGGCAAUUGUCCAACAAAAUUGAUUAACAUGCCUCAACUCCUGUUUGUGAUCUGACUCAUUUUUUUCCCAUCAUGAUUUGAUGAGACUUGUCCAUCCACUGCAUUCUGCUCACCAUUACAGUAUGGGUUUUUUUUAUGAUUACUACCAUUGUUUCAUUCUUGAUGUUUUGAGAUGUUUUGUGAAAAUUUGUUGUACUUUUUUCUGCAGUUGUGAAUAGGGUGGUUAAAUGUUAAACAAUUCCUGCAUAUAGAUUCAGACUCGUGCUCACUGUGUCAUAGCUUACCGCAAGCAGACGUUUUUGUGCAUGAUAGCAUUGAGGAAGACUUAAUUAUUGUAUGGCACGAAUGUCAUGGUUACUUUGCCUGAUCCACAGUAGUUGAAUACACUUGACAGCUUUCAGGACUCUGUGUGUUUGUUGUGCUUGCUACAAAUGUGCUGUUUCCUUUCUGCUUCAUUUUCAGCUAUGCUCUAUGAUUAACCAGAACUUGAUGAUCUAACAUCCUACAGAUUUAUACACACCUGUCUUGUCAGCGAUGCUUUCACUUUAUUUUAGAUGCAUGAUCUUUCUUUGAGGUUUCCAAUCUUCUCGUGGUUAUGCAUGUUCAACAUGGAUGGCCUUGUCCUGUUCUGGCAACUGUGCUGCUAGUUUAAGCUAUUGCCCAGCUUAGCAGCCUUUGAGUUGGCAUCUUUUAUGCUGUUGUAUUCUGUUGGAUUGCUUCCUUCAUGCUGUGUAUUUUUCCCCCUUCAGUAUGUGAAAAGGCCAAGUACAUAUGCAUAAAACUGCAUUCCCUUCUGUCGUUUCCAAGAUCACAAAGAUGACAAAUGGACAGAGAAAUACAAGUAAAAUGUGACAAAAGAUUUCUGCUCCACUACAAACACAAUUUGUCAUUCAUGCAUAUUGUGUGCAGCCAUGUACAUCUCCCUCUUGACAUGUUUCUUAAACCACUGUCUUUAAACAGCUUUUAAAUGCUAGUACAUUGAAACAUUUUCUGUUUAUUUUAAAAUUUGCGAAACUGUUUCUUCGCAUACAAAGAGAAGAAAUAGAGAACAGUGUGGAAUGCCUAAUGUGAUGGGGGAUGCUGUGAUUCUUCAGGAGUUGGACACAUCUGCUUAAAAGAUGUUCCAUGGUGUGCCUGGUUAACAAGCAAAUUCACUUUACAGACAGAUUAUCAUGGAAAUUUUACAUACAUCAAAACUUUUUAAAAAAUCUCUCAGGGUUCAGUUCUUGUCAAACUUGUAAGCGAUUGACAUUAACAAUUCUUCACUCUAAUGACUGGUGUAUUAGUGCUACAUAAGGUUUUCUGGUUCAAAGAUAGCUCAUUACUAAUAGUAUUUUGACAUAAUCUAGCAUGGAAUUUUCAAGAACAUAGCUUUAGUGUAUCAUUGAGUCUUCUGAUUGCUGUAAACCAGUAAGCAAAGAGAUCCAUGUUGUAGAAGACAGGGGAGCUGUGUUGAAGCAUUUAAGAAAAAACUAAAAUAUUUGAAAUAAGGAUGUCCCAGGUACCUGAGCACGACUUAAGAAGUUGUAAAAGUCGCUUAUGAUGGCAUACCUGUGUACAUUGUUGGGGGUGGAGGGGAAAGGGGGAUGUCUAUCACAAAAGCAGGCUCAUGACUACUAAACGUUUGAAUGCUGUUGUUGUGUUUGCUGUUUUGUUGAUCAAAUCGCCUUCAAACAGAUGCAAAAUGUCUCAUUGUCAGACCUGUAUGCUUUGUGUACAUAGUCUGGACUGCUAGACAAGAAUAUUAAUCUCCACCUUGCAAACAUUCACAUUUUGUUCACUUCAGCACCACUCAAGUUUAUCAGAGUAAAAUAAAAUGAGAAAAAACAAGUUAUAUUUUUAAUUGGCUGACGCAAAAUAAAUGUGGGCGAGUUACCGCUAAAAGCAAGCA